UAUCGGCGCCAGAGCCAGUAUCAGCACCACUCAAGCGGGCGCUGCUCCCAUGAAGCAAGAGACGAAGCUGAAUCCACAAGGACAGACCGCCCAGACAGCUAUACAAGUCGUUGGCUGAGGGCGAGGAAGUGUUUCAGAGUGUGCUGCUUUCGUCUUGUGGCAGCCCCUGAAGCAACAACAAGACACCAUACACGAGACAGCAACCCCAUCCACGCUCUCUCUAUACAGCAGCAGCGAUAGCAGCAGGCAUGGGCAGGCGCCAGUUGCCUAUGCUCUCCCAGCACACCCUCGCAAAACGGUACGAAGUCUUCAAGCAGAUUGGCGACGGCAGCUUUGGCACAGUCGCGCUUGGCAAGAAGCGCCAAAAGGGUGCGGUCCUAGUGGCUAUCAAGUCAAUGAAGAAACCCAUCCAACCGCCUGAAGAGUGUCUCAAGCUGCGCGAGUACCAGUCGCUGUACAGUAUUCCGCCUCACAACAGCAUCAUUUCCGUCUCAGAGUCCUUCUACGAUCCAGACACGUUCUGCUUUCACAUGGUCAUGGAGUAUAUGGAUCAGAACCUGUAUCAGCUCAUGAAGUCGCGUAAAGAACGUCCAUUCGACCUCGUGACCAUCAAAAGCAUCCUGCAGCAAGUACUCGAAGCACUACACCACUGUCAUGCGCACAACUACUUCCAUCGCGACAUCAAGCCAGAAAACAUCCUCGUGAGUGGCAGUGUUGUCAAGUUGGCUGAUUUCGGCUUGGCUAGAGAAAUCACUAGCAGACCGCCCUAUACUCAGUACGUGAGUACGCGCUGGUAUCGGGCUCCAGAAGUACUGCUGCGUGCACCAGAUUACUCUGCACCAGUGGAUAUCUGGGCAUUGGGUGCGAUGGCUGUUGAGAUUGCCGUGUUGCAACCUCUCUUCCCGGGUAAAGAUGAAGCGGACCAAGUGUGGCAGCUGUGUGAGGUCCUCGGCUCACCUGGUAUUUGGCAUGGCAAGGAUAAUGAACCUCUGGGUGGUGGACCUUGGCCUGAAGCAGACAAGCUGGCCUUUGAACUUGGCUUCACGUUUCCCAAGAUGCCACCGAUUGCGCUGCGCGACAUCAUGGGCAGAAGCUGGCCGCAAAGUUUGCUGACGUUUGCCGCUUCUUGCAUGCUCUGGGAUCCUCGAGCUCGACCGACCUCCCAAGAAGCGCUGCGGCAUGAAUUCUUCAAUCCACCACCACAGCGAGAGAAGCGGAUGAGUUUAUUGGGGAAGAUGCAGCAUUCGUUGGAUAAUCUCAAGGACGGGAGUACGCAUCGACAAUCUUGGUUCAGGCGAAAGGACAAACCCAGGACGGAAGGGUAUGCGCCUGCUCUGCCGCAAGUCAGCCCACUCUCACCAAUUCGCGUGACGUCGCCCGCGUAUGCCGUGAAACGGGAGAAGCAAACGCUGAUGGACUCCACACGGAAGAAGCAAAAAGCUCAACAAAAUCAACAAGUACAGCAAUUGUAUGAGCAAGCUGUUGUGGCGGCAGAGACGCAAGUGGUGGAGCAUGAGCUAAGUGAUCGCAAUUUGACACUGCCAACGCCUCGCUCAGGGCCAGUGUCGUCACGGACACGCAGAAAACAGCUGCUUGAGCCCUCAGAAGAGCAAUUGCUUGAUCAAGAGUUGCAGAGUGCGGCGCGUGCUAUGAAACAUUUGGAUGUGCCAUCGUAUGCGAAACCUACAGUCACCUCGCAGCGGCGAGCGAGUAGUGUGCACAAGGCAAGGCGGACGACGAUGGAUGUAUUGCCUAUGGCGAUGCCACUGACACCGGAGAAGCACUACUUUUGAGAUGAAUGCUGACGAUGACCUUGCCUCUUCCCUUUC